GAAUAACACCCAAUGAUCCUAACUACUACAGCAAGGCCACUAAUUGUAAAUCACUCCUUGAUCGUUGCCCAAGAAUUAAUACAGGGGAGAAACCCUAUAAAUGUCAAGAAUGUGGUAAGCCCCUUAGUUCUCAAUUAACACUUGCUAUACACCAGAGACUUCACACUGGAGACAAACCCUACAAGUGUGAAGAGUGUCAUAAGGCUUUUAUACACCAGAAAAACCAUACCAAUGAAAAAAACUUCAUUUGUACAGACUGUGGCAGGUCAUUUUACUAUCCUUCAAUGCUGAAGCAACAUCAGAGAAUUCACUCCAGAGAGAAACAAUACAAGUGUGAAGACUGUGGAAAUGCUUUUUAUGAUCCUUCAUUUCUUACGCAGCAUCAAAGAAUUCAUUGUGUGAAGAAACGCUAUAAGUGUGAAGAAUGUGGCAAAGGCUUUCAUUAUCACCAGCCCUUAGAACACACAGGAUGGUUCACACUGGAGAGAAACGUUACAAAUGUGAAGAGUGUGGCAAAUGUUUUUCUGUAUCUGCCUCCCUUAGUCAACAUAAAGCAAUCCAUUCUGAAGACAACCCGCACAAGUGUAAAGUGUGUGGCAGGUGUUUUACCUCAUCUUCAUCCCUUGCACAACAUCAAACCAUCCACUCCAAAAAUAAUCCCAAUAGCUAUGAAGAAUGUGGCAGGUUUUCUCCAAAUUAUUUGAAACUUAGACAACAUCAAGUGAUCCAUUCUGAAUAAAA